AUGAGUACAUAUUCUGUUUAUUCGUCGAAUAUUUUGACAGUUAAAAAUUUUCCAUUAUUAUUCAAUAAUAACGAUCGACAAGAAUUUUUAGAACAUUUUGGUGCUAUUCGUAUACGUUGUUUACCUCGAUUUAAAAAUAUAUCAAAUCUUAUUAUUGCUGAUUUUGGUUCAAAUUCACAAGCUUCUCAAGCACUCAGACGUUUACAUCAACUUGAAAUACUUGCUCGUCGAUUAGUUGUAGAAUAUUGUCCAUUAGAAUUAGCUCAUUUCGCUUUUUCUUCUUCUUCACAUUCAUAUGAUGAUAAUGAAAUUGCUUUAUUACAUGGUAUUUCACCAGGUAUAAAUCAAAUUUAUUAUUCAUUACCAUCAGAAAGACUCGCAUAUAUUUAUCCACCUAUUGAUGAUACAAUUUUAAUGAAUAUUAAUAAUACUCUUUUAUCGGUACCUUCAUUUUAUACUCAAGUUCUACAUCUUAUGAAUAAAAUGUCACUUCCAUGUCCGAUGAUUGCUGAUUCGACUAGAACCUCUCGAACUUUAUCAAAAAUUAGUGUUGCAUGUCAAACAGAUGAAAGUGCUUUGUCUAAAGUAAUUAAUAUGGAUACAGAUGAAGAUGAAAGUGAAAUAGAUGAUGGAGAAGAAGAACAACGUGUAAAACGUCGUCAUCGAUCAGUUUUACGAGCAUCAAUUCGUCAAGGAAUAGUACCAACAACACAAAUGAAUAUUAAUAUUGAUACAGAGAAAAAGAAAAAGCCAACAAUCGAAUUGAAACUACCUCAAACAUUUAAUCCAUCACGUAUGGAAGUUACUAGUUCAAUACCAAUGGAUACCACAAUGCAUGGCUUUGGUCGAUUAGAACCAAUUCAAUCAACUAUAACGACUCUUAAUAUUGUUAAUCAAGAGAAAGAACAAGUUCUACCACUUCCUUUAAUUCCGCUUGAUGAAAUAAGCAAAAAUCGUUUGAAUGAAGAUCAAUUACGUCUGAUUGAUAAUGGCCGUCUAUAUCGAAACUAUGAACGUGGUCAACCAUCACAACGUCUUUAUAUAAAAAAUCUUAAUACAAAACAUGUUGACGAACGUAUAUUACAUUCCAUCUAUGAUCAUUAUAAACAUAAUUCUUUUGAUAUUGAUAUACGUUUAAUGCGUGAAGGUAAAAUGAAAGGUCAAGCAUUUGUAACAUUUCCUAAUGAAGAUAUGGCUUUACAAGCAUUAAGUGAUACAAAUGGUUUUGUUCUAUAUGAAAAACCAAUGAUUGUACAGUUUGCUAGAACAGCAAAACCAAAAGACAUUGUUUAG